ACGGCGGUGGGAUGAGCACCCGGCCCCGCCCCGGGUGCGCCGCGUCCUCCCCAGGCGGCCCGAGGAGCCCGGCGCGGGCGGAGGCGGGCGAGGGGCGGGUUAAAAGCGGCGGCAGGUGAACGGGGAGGGACCUUAAAGCGCUGGGGCGGCGAAGCUGGGACUGGCCGCUCCUUGGAGGCACUGCCGGAGCCGUAUCGAGCCCCGCCAGCCCGCCCGCGGUGCCUGGCCCCCGGAGCUCCCGGCGGGGCUGAACUGAGCUCUACCCGCGGCACUGCGGAGCAGCUCUCUGUAGGCACGUUAUGUGAAGUACCCGACCAGCUAAAACACCAAGCAAAAUCAAGGCCUCCGCAAUUACAGGUAAUUUGUGACACGCCUAUAACUGUGAAGAGAGCAGCAGGAAGGUCAGACAACUAAAACGAGAGAAUGGAUUGGGGAGCCCUGCAAACCAUUUUAGGAGGUGUAAAUAAACACUCCACCAGCAUUGGGAAGAUAUGGCUCACUGUCCUGUUCAUCUUCCGUAUCAUGAUCCUGGUCGUGGCUGCAGAGAGAGUCUGGGGGGAUGAACAAGAUGACUUUAUCUGCAACACUCUGCAACCUGGUUGCAAGAAUGUUUGCUAUGAUCACUUUUUCCCCAUCUCUCACAUCAGACUCUGGGCCCUGCAGCUCAUCUUUGUUUCCACACCUGCGCUGCUGGUGGCCAUGCACGUAGCUUACAGGAGGCAUGAGAAGAAAAGGCAGUUCAGAAAGGGAGACCAGAAAUGUGAAUACAAGGACAUCGAAGAGAUCAGAAGACAGAGGUUUCGUAUUGAGGGCUCCUUGUGGUGGACGUACACCAGCAGCAUCUUCUGCAGACUGGUCUUUGAGGCUGUCUUCAUGUAUGCAUUUUAUUUCAUGUACGAUGGGUUCAGAAUGCCUCGCUUAAUGAAGUGUGAUGCUUGGCCGUGCCCCAACAUAGUAGACUGCUUUGUUUCUCGACCUACUGAAAAGACGGUGUUUACUAUUUUCAUGAUUGCUGUGUCCAGCAUUUGCAUUCUUUUAAAUGUGGCUGAAUUAUGUUACUUACUGACAAAAUUUUUCCUCAGACGGUCUAAAAAAGCUGGAAAUGCAAAACAUCACCCCAACCAUGAGAAUAAGGAAGAAACCAAACAAAAUGAAAUGAAUGAGUUAAUAUCUGAUAGCUGUCAGAAUCCAGUUAUAGGAUUUUCAAGCAGCUAAGGUGGUGCCAAUGCCCGUGUUCACUCUUUUUGGAGUGAAUGGUUUUUGUUUAAAGGCUGCAAAUGAAAUUUGUUACAUGAAACAAUUUAAGUUGGGCAAGACUUUGUUAUGUAGCAUCAGGUGUCAAUUAUGCAUGUCUGAAAAAUUGAGGGCAGCCUGAACAUGUGAAAAUUACCUGAGGAUUAAAUAGGAAAGUAUAUUUCUAUGAGUACCCUUACAAGCUGACUAUGCCAAGUGGGAAACCCACUAAUACCUUCAUGCUGACACACUCCUGAAAACUACGUGCAACAGCAAUAAGAACAAAAUUCUUUCCAAGCUAGGUAUUCUAGUAUUACAAAACAUUUUGUAAUAGUGAUAGUUUUUACUUGUGAACUGACAAUUAAAGUAUUUUUCUAAACUCUUAAGAUUCCAUGUUACUUAAGGUGUUCUAGUACGCAACUGGCGACAUUUUGUUUCUUAACCAGGUGUAUGUGGAUGAGCUGUGUAACACCACAUUCAUAGAGAGAGCACAACAGUAGGCUGCACCUCUAUAGCUUUGCAAGCACUGCUUGAGACUGGGCAGGUAGCUCAAGAUACUUGUGUGCAUGCUGCUGGCUGUAGGGGAAGUUGUGUGGAAGCCCACCAUGUGUUGUGUGGGUAAUUGAGGUAGCUAGGUCCUGAGUGCAAAGUCAUGCCUAAAACCAGCGUGGCAAUAUAGAUACAGCCUAAGUAGACUUGUUUCAAACAUCUAGCAGACCUGGUGUUCUUCCUGAUCUUUCACUGCCUACUACCAGUUUUAUGUCAAAAUACAUAACUGUAUGUAAAUGUUUAUUUCUCUAAUGUAUUAGCUGUAUUCCUUUAUGCUCUAUCACAUCAUGGAACUUUUUUGGUUUUGAUUUGUUUGCUUUUUUUUUUUUGUGGCAAAUUGAUGGCGCUGUUAUGAAACUAGGGGCUCUUUGGUUUGAAGGACAUGGAAAAGUAUCACUGGAAAAGGAACAAGUCUUCUGAAUAAAAGGCAAACACUUUUCUCAAUGAA